AUCUUUGUCUCCUCUGCUCUUGUACAUGAACUAAAUAACCGUGGGAAAGAACGAGCUAUGGCUGCGCAGCAUGACAAAUUCGAUGACGCAAUGGAUUUCGCUGCCGAGCUGGAGCGGGAGCUCGCAGCGAUGGGCGACGACAUUCCUGAGGAGGAGGAAGAAGACGUAUCAAAGAAAAAAAACUGUGUAAGUGUACGUCUGUGAUGCAGAGUAUGCAAAACAGUUACCCUUGUCAUGCUCCACAUGCAUGAUAGGCUCGCUUCCUACGUGUUUUCCCUUUCUAUCUGGGCAUGACAAGUUUUUCCUGUCAUGGCAGACAAACUUGUGAUGCUGUUUUCCUAAAAGACCUACACUAACACAGUUUUUUUCUUGGAUAAGACGCCGAAACUUUUUACCGGCGCCUGGCCAAUAUCCGCAACUACGACGAUCAUGUUGAAAAAAGCAGCAGUAAGGGAAGCACUCCAAAAAACAAGUUCGACGCCGCACAGCAAUUGCAAUCUGCGUUCGCCGAGUUGGGUUUUGCUGAGCGGUUUGACCCACGGGCGGGAGAUAUUACCGUCCCUGGACUGGAAGCCAAGUACGAAGUCAAGAGUUCCGAGGACAGAAUCGAGACGGCCCUGGCGGAAGCCGUGGAGCUCUUCGACUUUACGAAGGACGAGGCCGCGGUGUUUCGGGAGAAUUUCUUCAAAACCGUGCCGGUCGUCGCGUGGCCAGAGAGGAUAGAGCUGACAGAAGAAGAGGAGCAGGCUGUUCUUGCCGCGGCGCAAGAGCAGCGAAAUGUUGAACGCGCCACGACGAGCGAAGAUAUAGAAGAUGCAGGAAAAAUUCUUGUGGAUGUAAAGCCGGAAGAAGCGCAAGAAGAUGAUGCUUUUCUACCAGCGCCGGCAGAAGAGCAAGUACUGCUUGGGAAGGAAAAGCGUCGGGACCAAGACCACGAAAAUCAUGACCAGAACUUCGUCGCGGAUACCGCCGGCGACCACGGCUCCGGGGAGAAUUCUUCUGCAAACGAAAGCGAGCUGAACGUGGACACAAUUGCAGAACAAGCCGGUGGGGAUCAUGAUAACACGGAAAAAUCGCUAGUACCCUGGUACGUGGCCCAGAUCCAGCGCCGACCCUUGGAACGGGACAAGGAAAUUCCGGACCAGGAUCAAACAAGUUUCUGGGCCCUGCCGCGGAGUACUGUUCCUGUUCUCGCUCCAGGUCCAGUCGCUUUUCUUGCAGAUGGUCAGGACACGAACAUUCGCGAACGGGGAGAACAAGAAAUAGAAAGCACGAGGACAACAGACGAAGCAAUUAUUACAUACGACCCCGGACUGACCGAAAAGUUAGCCGAGCAACAGAAGCAGCUCCGGGAGAAGCAGGCACAGGAGGAAAAAAAACUUUCGGAACUGCGGUUAAAAAGGCAAGCGGAAGCGAGAAGUCGCGAGGAGGAGUUCCGUCGCGUCCAUAUCCUAUGUAAAGACGUCCCAAACCCAUAGUUGUAAUGCAAAUCUGCAUGCUGAAAAUGUUUCUCAUGCGGAGCCCCAUGGGAAGCAUUUUCUGGUCAUGGUUCGGAAUUCGUGAUGCUCCAAUCAGCGUGAUAUGUUAGAUCUGUGAUGCUGGUGAACUAGCUGAACAGGAUUACACUACGAGGCCAAACUUGUGAUGCGCAACAGCCAAAGCUUUUUGAUUUGUAUAGCAUGAUUUCCAAUCUUAACUACAGGGUGGGGGCGUUUUUUCCCAGGAUAGUCCAGUACGAGCAAGCCCGGUUUUUCGCCGCGGACACCGACAGUAGAUUGCGGGAGCAAGAGGAGAAGGAAGCGAAAGAAGCGGAACACAGUCGGAUGUCGUUUGAAGAUCGCGCGGCCGGGCGAAUACGGGAGUGGGAGCGAGAUGAGGAACAGCGUUUGACGCGGGAAGCACUGCACCGCGAGUGGAGACAGAUGUUGAAGGAGGAUUUUGCCGCGUUUGACUUGCGAGAAUCCGAAAACUGCGCAAGGGAGCGGGUUUUGAUGGAAAUCGCGGACGAAGAGGCGAGAAAUUGCAACAUCUACUCCUGGCGCGAGCAGGACCGCAUGCGGGAAGAGGAUUUGCGUGCCGCGACGCUCCGGGAGCAAGAGAAGCGAAUUUUUGUCGAGUGGCCGGGCAUGGCCGCGGAAGACGCGGAUGCGCGGUUUGGGAUUGCCGAGAUCUUGCAACCAGGGAUGGGCCUGUGGGAACGGAACGGGCGGAACUCCUGGUUGGCACUGUCUGCGACGUGGAAAGUAGAACGAGAGUUCACCUGCUCCGCAAGUGGUCGUGCACGACGAGAGCAGGUGGGGCAAGACCAAGACGCAGCUGCUGCGCAUCCGACCAGCGACCGCUGUCACUACUCACCGCGAAACAGCGGAGGAAGCACGGGGCGCUCCAGUGUGGAUGAGCUGUUCUUCGAGGAUGAGGUUGUUGAAGAAGCUGCAAAGUCGGAAACAAGUUCUUCUUUCUUCACAAAAUUUCUCAGCCGGGAUUUCUGGUCGCAGAUUUUUCGUGUGAAAGAGCGCGUCGCGCGCGUGGCUGACCGGGUCGUGCGUUCGGUUGCUGAGAACGUGUUUCACCAACAGCGAUCGUCGAUAAAGUCGUUUCACACGGAUAGCGGAACCCUUCUGUUCAAUGGUGCACUGCCGGCUCUACCGCCGGGGAGAGAAGAAAUAGAAAUCAACGGACCCCGACCCGAAAGCCAAAAUUCCACAGUAGCCGUCUGGAAGACGUACUUGGAUAAUCAUGCAGCAGAAGAUGUUGAAAAGGCCGCGAUGAAGAAAAAGUCCUCCAGCAACGACGAUAAGCUAGCUUUGAGAAUCGCUGCAGCUACAGAUUUAUUGCAAGAUGAACCUCUCCAAUUGACCAAUUUCCGCCACGUCCGGUUUUUGCAGAUCGAAAACGUAGACUUGUCUACCGACGUGGAAGUCGGGAAGAAACUCGCCCUCCAUUGCGCCAUGCUCGAGCACAUCGUGCUUCGCAAUACCGGUUUGCGCACUCUCAACGGCCUGCAACUGCUUGUCAACCUGGCGACGGUCGACGCGAGUCACAACUUUUUGAAGGACUUUGAUUUUUUGCAAACCGGGUGCCCGCGACUGUCCUCCGCGAACUUUGGCCACAACCUGAUCAAGAAGGUGCCGGAAGCAACCGGCCAGAGCAAAGCGUCUUUGUCGCGAUUGGUGCUGCGGAGCAACAAAAUCAAAAACCUGGACUCAACCUGUUUUCUCCGCGAUUGCGAAGCGCUGGAAGUGCUGGAUUUGAGCAAAAAUGCUCUUGAAGCAGUUCCAGGACUCUUGCUCUCCCGGUGGUUGCCCUUCUUGACAGCGUUGGAUCUCGCCGACAACCAGAUCGCGGCCAUCGGACACUUGCUCUUUCUGUGCUUGCAAGAAUUAAAUCUGGAAAACAACCGCAUCGGGUCUGGACGUGCGGAAAAGGCUUCGCUGCGAUUUCUGCCCAGCUUGUACGAGCUGAACCUCGCGAAGAACGAACUCAGUGAAAUCCUGCCCCUGUUCGCCCCAAACCUGCGGACGCUCAACUUCGCAGCCAACAGGUUUUCCGCGCUGCCUUCCGGGAGCCUCUCCGCUUUUCCGAAUUUGAAAAACUUGUCGGCGAAUCAAAACGUCUUGCUGUGCAAGCAUCCGGCGCGGUACCGCCGGCAUGUUCUGCGGGCCCUGAACGCGGUUGACUGUCUGAAAAGCUGGGACGGGGAAGAUUUCAAGCAGCAGAAGGGGGACGCGUACUUUCUGAACAGAGAUACUAGAAGCGCUGAAAAGCAGCAGGCGCAAGACCGCUUCGCUAGUUUCACGAACCUCGCAGAUUCUCUCGCGCAAGCGAUACGGUUCUUCGAUGGCAACUUCCUCGGGGAUGAUCAUCAUGGUACCGGACUGCCGUCGUCGACAACCGCCAUCGCAACCCUCCACAUCGACGAAGAGUUGCAGGUCGUCGAAGCUGAGCGGUUGAAAGUGCGUUUUUCACAAUACCGAACAGCAGUCGAAUUUUUGAAGACGGAGGUUCUCGACACGGACGCGCAAGCAGGAAUUGCCGCGUUCGCUGCUGAUUUCCCGUCGGCGAUCCGAGCAGUUGUCAAGGACAACAACCCAGCUACUGGCUGCAGCACAGAAGUUCUUGAUGUCGCACAAAAAGACAUCCUCGAACGUCUACAAUCAAAGCUGGAAUCCUUUCGCAAAGCCCGGAUUCAAGCGAGCACGAAGAUUCAAACUUGUUAUCGCGGCACAAAAACGAGGACGUGGUACGAGGAGACAAAAGCGGAGAACAGAAGGCAGCAUUUCGUGAAAAACCUCGGUAGAAUCACGCUGAUCCAGCGGAAAAUGAAGAAAGUUUUGCUUUACCGGACCAGUCUUCGGAAAUUCGCAGCGUCUAUCAUCCAAAGGUGGUACCGUGGUCACCGGAUCAGGAGGAAGCUCCGUAAAGUGUUUCUCGCGGAUCUCGAUUUUGAUCUUCCCGAACUGGAUCUGUCCGAGUUCACCUACGAUGCCUCCCUGUACGAGAAUCCGUUUGCGGACAUGGGGAAAGCGAGGAAAAGAACGGAAAAAACGCUGAAGAGCUUGGAGACCGCGAUUCAAGAAGUGGAAGCGCUAAUGGAAGAUGGGGAUUCGGUGGAGGAGGAUAGCUUUUCAUCUACAGAGCUGUAUGGGACAACCGAUAUUACAACAAGCACGAGUACAAGUAGUUCUGCUUCCACUUCGUCGAAGAAAACUAUCGCCCGUUCGGCGAAAAACGCAUGGGCUGUCGGAUCGAAUCGUGCUAGUCGGCGACCGACGCUGGAACCGGUGAAAGAGGAGUCUCCGGGGAUUCUCGACACGUCGCCUGAGGUUGUUGAGGGGGAAGAGGAGGCUAAAGUUGUACAACACGCAGGUUGUGCUGGUAAAAACACUAUGCUGGUGGUGGGUACAGAUCAUGAUGUUGAGCCAGUUCCAGUGGCAAACGAAGGUGCACAUCAUGCGGAGCGGGAAAUAGUAGACAAAAGUCAUCAUCCACCGUCCAAUCCUCCACAACUCGACAAGAACAUGUCAGCCACAAGCUCGGCGAGGCCGAAAAUAAGUGUAGUGGAUGCAGCGGAAGAUGACAGUGAUGAAGAUGAGGAUGUUCUUGAUCACUCCGAACUGCCUGCGCGACAGGAGUUCUUUAUGCCGCAAGACAACUUCCUCGACGUGGAGACGCUCGCCAGGGAACCGGACCGACGGGUGUUGUCUUCCCCCCUCUCUUCCUCGCACGAGGGUUCGAACGGGAAUUCUGAGGUGGAACUGCCUGCGGAAGACACGACGGACUCCGCAGUGGAGCCAGCCGAACCACUACCAGCACAUCCCGCGCCACCACCAACGGAAGCGGAGUUUUUUGACGAACCGAUGGGGUCAACAGCAGCAGUCCCGACAGCGCCGAAACCUCCGAAGAUGCUGCGGUUGAAAGUUCCGGUCAAGCACGAGACGCAACUCCACUUUUCCGCGGUUAACGCAAAAGACAAAGAAAAAGACGUGAACUUUGUGAAACAGCCCGAGGUGAGCAAAGCGGAGCUACCAAGAUAUCCACCGACCUUUCAAGAGCAAGGAACUCUCGAGCCGUCCGCCGUAAGACUGGAGCCGAGAAAGCGGGACGCGCACGCGAAAGUUUCGGUGAAACUGCCACCGUUGGUGGGGAGCAAAAUCGGUGGAGGUGGUUCCUUGGCUAGUGCGGGCAGCAGCAGUUCAUCAUCCUCGUCCGCGGGGAUGAAUGCGCAUUCGAAUUCGGCAUCUUUGGAAGAAAAUAAUUCCUACUCCUUCUCCAGCGAGUCGGCAUCUUCUUCGUCUUUCCAAGCACAGAUGCGCCACCUCACACUACACGCGCCGCACUUGCAGCAGCAACAGCAGGAGCACCGGAAUAUUAUGGCCGCGACUGAAGAAGUAUCAAAUCAGGAACCUCCUCCAGAUCCUCCCUAUCUAAACAGCGCUCGGUUAGCGCAGCAUGCGACUUCUACUACAGAGGCCAAGAUCACACCGAGAAGGUUGGAUGAUGAUUUGAACUCUCUCCAGACGGAGACGCUUGAGACACCGCAAUCCUUGUCGCGCCCGUCCACAAGUUCGCAGCACCGAACGAGCAAAUUCGAAGCAGCUUUGGCGAAGGUGCAGGAAGAAUGGGGAUUCACGGACGCAUCGACAGCGGCGGCAUUUCUGCAAAGUCAAAAGAAGAUGAAACGGCUGCAGCUGAAGAAGGUGCGGAGAGAGCAGCCGAGAGGUAGGGAGUGGGGUUUUUAGGAAUUUGUUGUAAAACUUGAAUCUUCUACUUCCCUUGACUAUGCAUGAAUAGAGAUCAAUCAUGUUUUCGUUCUUCGAUACACAAUCGCAAAAACAAAUACUUAUCACAGCCGCUCUCUCCGCGACAUUUUCCGCCACCCCUUCCAGCCACGCAUCCCGCGCCCCAUCCGAAGCUAGUGCCCAACAACCACCCGCGCGUCCGCGUGCUGGCUCUGACAUGCGACCACGCGCGAACAGCGGUGGCGUCGGCGGCCCCCGCGUCGCUUGGGCAGGUCCAGCUGGAGCAGCGAGAAAGCAGAUGGGACCCAAGGCACAGGACGCCAUUGCUGAGUACAAGAGAAUGAAAGCACUAGAAGCUGCAAGAGAUACCGGCGGUUCUGAUGCUGGUGGUGGCCACCAGCAGCUGCUUCCUGAGGUGCGCGAUGGGGGCGUUUUGCAGAACGCAAGUACUUUUGAAAGUGGCGCUCCGAAUCGACAGCUGCAGAAUCGAAGUACAAGGGGAGGAAGGUAAAAGAUUAUAGCACGGACGAUUAUAUCGGACACGCUCGAAAGGCGCACAACACAAAAAGAAGAAGAACAUUUACAGCAGAAACUGCACAGGUUUAUUUGAUGGAUUCGCGAAUAGAAGCGUCUCUCUGGUGUUCGUAUCG